GUGUUGAAGUUUGGGGGUAUUCUGGUGAGAAUCCACAUUCUGACAUCACCCUGACCAUGACAGUGAUUGGCUGCUGAAAGGCAAAGAAAGGUUUAUAGCAAGCUAGAGCAAGUGAAUGAAUGUGAGGGCAGAGGAGGCACUCAAUCUGUGUCCCUCACUGGUCAGCCUGUCUGCUUGCUCCAGCAUUGCCACGGGAAAUCACCAAAAUGAAGACUGCUUUAAUUUUGCUCAGCAUCUUGGGGAUGGCCUGUGCAUUCUCAAUGAAAAAUUUGCAAAGAAGAUUCAAAUUAGAAGAUUCUGAAGAAAAUGGGGUCUUUAAGUACAGGCCACGAUAUUAUCUUUACAAGUAUGGCUACUUGUACCCUCCUCUGAAACGGUUUGCAGUUCAGGGAAAUAGUGACUCUUCUGAAGAAAAUGGAGGUGGUGAUAGCUCAGAAGAGGAGGAAGACGAGGAGACUUCAAAUGAAGAAGAAAACAAUGAAGAUUCUAAUGGAAACGAAGAUGAAGAAUCUGAGACUGUGAACACUACACUUUCCAGUGUAACACCUGGCUAUGGAGAAGAAACCACUCCUGAAACAGAUUACAUAGGGUUAGCUGCGAUCCAGCUCCCAAAAAAGGCUGGGGAUACAGGAUACAAGGCUACCAAAAAAGAAGAAAGUGAUGAAGAGGAGGAGGAGGAGGAGGAGGAGGAAGAGAAUGAAAAUGAGAAUAAUGAAGCGGAAGUGGAUGAAAAUGAACAAGCUGUGAACGGCACCAGCACCAACAGCACGGCGGUGGAGAAUGGCAACGGUAGCAGUGGUGCGGACAACGGAGAUGAAGAAGGAGGUGAAGAAAGCGUCACAGAAGCCAACAUGGCAGGAACCACAGUGGUUGCGGGGCAGAGCACUGGCAGCUCAAAGACAACACCCUCUCCCAAUGGUGGCUUUGAACCCACAACCCCAGCGCCCAACGUCUAUGGGUCCACCUCCCCACCCUAUGAAAAGACCACCACAGCUGAGUAUGGUGCUGAGUAUGAGCAAAGCCGUGCCAAUGCAUACGACCCUGGGUAUGAAGUCUAUGACAGUGAGAACGGGGAGCCUCGUGGGGACAAUUACCGAGCCUAUGAGGAUGAAUACAGCUACUACAAAGGCCGAGGCUACGAUGGCUAUGAUGGUCAAGAUUACUACUACCGCCAGUGAGGGCCAGCCUUGGGGGGGGAGUCACUGUGCCAGCUUGCAUCUGGCUACCAGUUUCCAAGUUCAACUCAGGAAAGUGCAAUAUGUCUGGUGCGCAUGUGAUGGCAUGGACUGGUAGUGCCGCUCCUACGUGAGUCUCUGCAAUUGUUUCUGCCAGUCUCUGUAACUUUUCCCAGCUGUGCUUCUGGAAGGUUGUUGUAAGUCAGGAGCAUUUAUCAAGCGGUUCACCAACCCAGAAGAUGGAAUUAGAUUGAAAUUUUUGAGGUCGUAGCUCUAUAAAUAGCGUUUGUAAUGCACUUACUCUAUCGCUAACUGCCUAAAUGUACUCUUUAUACACGAGUACUUCUGAGAAGAGAUCCAUUGACGUUAUGAUGCUGUAUACAAUAAAUGUGCAAUUACUAAUCGUGCCACCUAUCCAACACUGUAUAUUAAGGCGGGUUAUCAUCCUCAUGUAUUUUAAUGUGAUCUGUAUGUAUGUCCUAUCUAUAGGUUUUAUCACAAA